UCCGGCCUAAACGCGCCCCUCUGUACGCAGCUACGCCACCUUCGCAAGGUUUUGCUGAAGAGAAGGAACCUACAAAGAAGAAGAAGAAGAAGAAGAAGAAGAAGAAGAAAAAGAUGGCAUUGAUGAAUAGGUCGCCCUACUUCUCUCUCUUGCCCAAAGCCCUUGCCUUCGUCCCUUGCUGUCAUCCGGCCGAUGCUGCCCUUUUUCUCGCAACCCAUUCUUACUCCGCCGCCUCCGGUGCUCCACAGAGCAGCUUUAUGGCUGAAUACCUGGUCAGCACCUGUGGCUUCGAUCCUGAUCAGGCGGCCAAGGCCUCGAAGCUCCUCGGCCGCGUCGAAUCCCGCCACCAGCCUGACUCCGUCCUUGGCUUAUUUAAAAGCUACGGUUUUGACAACACCCAGGUGAAAAAGGUCAUAUCUGCAAACCCCCGGUCUCUUCUCCUCGACGUGGAGAGGACCCUGGCCCCAAAGUUUCGAGCUUUGCAGGAUCUGGGCUUCUCCUGCUCCGACAUCACCCACCUCGUCGGAUCGAAUAAACACGUCAUCGGCCACAAAACCCAGACCCUCGUGUCCAAGAUCCAAUUAUGGCAAGGCCUCCUCGGGUCCAACGACUUUUUUGUGAAGUUGUGCAAGAGUAACAGGUGGUUUCUCGGGUUUAGCAUCGAGAAGAGGAUUCAGCCUAACAUUGAGAUUCUAAGGGAUUGCGGGAUCACGGAUCAGAAGCUCUCAACGAUCCUACGGCGCCACCCCCGCCUCAUAAUCCAGAAGGCUGAAGUCCUGAAGGCGUUAAUCAGGGAUGUCGAGAAUUUGGGAGUAGCUUGUGCCUCGGGGACGUUCAUCCGGACUCUAAAGGUGCUCCACAGGGUCAGCAAGAAGAAUUUCGAUGCUCACUUGGAGUUCUUCAAGGGCUUUGGGUGGUCCGAGGAUGAUUUCCUUGCUGUAUUCAGAAAGGCUCCUACGCUUGUGGGAGUUUCUUUAAAGAGUUUGCAGAGGAAGAUGGAGUUCUUGGUAAAUGAAGCCGGAUGUGCUCCAUCUUAUCUUGCACUUCAGCCCUAUAUUUUGAUGCUCAGUUUGGAGAAAAAUUUGAUGCCAAGGCAUCAGAUUGUGACAGGCCUGAAGUCUAGGGGAAUUUGCAUCAGUAACCUUAGUAUAUUUACAUACAUGAAAUAUCCAGAGAAGAAGUUUGUGGAGAAGUUCGUCAACUGCUACAAGGAGUAUCCAGAACUCAUUGAGUUGUAUAAUGUAGCCACGAAAAAUAGAACUGCACUUUGAUCGUGGAAAUGCAUAAUGCAUAGCAUAAGCUUUUGCACCAGCAAAUUAUGUUUCCAGGUUCCAAUUUUCCACUAUCUGCAUAACAUGAUCUACAGUUUGCAACUAAAUAAUUCCUGCCAUUUACUUCGUUUUCUUUGAAUGCAAGAUGAGUUUGGAUGCUUACAUGUAGUAAGAAAAUGAAGAAUGUUGAGAUGAUUUGUGAUGAUAUUGCCGAUAGAGUUAAUUGCUUGUUGAUAAUCACUUGUGUAGACGCUGCAUGGAAUUGUUAUUCUUGUCCCAUUCAUUUUAAGUCUACUGGAAGAUAUCAGACUUAUGUAGGUUAUUGGACACCUGAAGUUUCGAAUUGAUUUGACUACGGAUAUUUGGUAAUUUAGGUUUUGAGUUUUGGUUAAUUUUUCAAAUGAUAAGAAGUAGGAUUCUUUUGGAUGGUAUGGUACGAUGCUUAUGUGAUUUUGAGCUGGAUGAUGAGGCUUUUGAUUUAGGGCAAGGGUUCACCUUUUAUAUAAAUUUACUAAAGUCUCUCCUAUCCAAAUCCAAACCCAAAACCCAAAAAAGGGAAACGAGGUUGGGUUUCAAUUUUUUUGUAUAUUUUGUUUGUCAAAUUUUGUUCUCUUUCUUAAGUGAUUAGUUUGAACCACUUCUUUCCUCUUGCUGAUCGGUCAAUUCAGUUGAAAUUUCUCUCUUUUUAACUGCAAAACCUUAAUGAAUACCAGGCUGCCACCAUGAUAGUUUGAAUCUGACAGUCUUCUUGAGAAUGAAGUUGUAACUCUUAGAUUUUUGAAGGUAACCACACUUUUUUGCGAAGAAAUGAUUGUAAAUUUCAAGGACUGAAUUGCAAAUAGAUAAUAACUUUUUUGGACUCUGUAUCCCAUUUGGAUGAUCAAUAUAGUGUUAGGUGCUUCAUAAAACCUAGAUUCUCAUUAUGCUGAUGUGAUGAAACUUUAGUAUGCUGUUAUUAGUUCAUAUUUCUUUUGGCAAUCUAUUUUAUAUUGAUGCAUCUAUUGUAGCCUAUAGUUGCAUAUUAAUAUUUGUUAGAAGUGCCAUGAUGCAUAAGUUGGACGCUUGAGCAUGUGAAAGGAUGUUGUUGCAUGGUUGUGCAGCAUGUUGAUAUAUACAUAUAUGGAUGAUUGAACAAUAUGGUCAUUAUUAGUAGGCAAUUUUGAAAGGGAUUAGUAGUCGUCAAACAUGCUUAUAAGAUAUUCCUUGCAUCCAUAGAAAGACGUAUUUCUACUGUUGCCGGGCACCACUUGAUCCUAGUAAUGGACUAAUAGCAGGGAAUGUGAUAUGAAUUUAGUCUAUACGGAGGUUGCUUCAUCCUGAGCGGUCGGACGAGUUCCAAUGCAGCAAAGUGCACUGAUGGAUGUGCUUUUCUCAUGAUGAAUUUGUAGGUACUUGGUUAAAUUAAACUGAAGCACUGCUUACUCUUGUUGAGUUAUCGGGAUCAAGAGAAGUUUUAGAUGACUUGCACCCUAUCGCAUGUUGAUCAUCGUAGAGAUGUUUUCCUAACAAAUGCUUGAUUCGUUAUCAGCGAAGAAUUAUACAUGUACUGUACUGCCUCAAAACUAGCUGCUGGAUAGGUUCAGGUUCUUUCAGUAGGAAAAGACUGGUGCUCUUUGCAAGGCUUGAUACUUUUUGUGGGGGAUUUUGUCUCUAAAAGGACUGAGAUCCUUUCAGAACUAUGUAUGUUCUAGGUUUUUUAUGCGCUCUAAAAUUGCUUGCUAAACAAGAAGAUCAAUUUAUUUUUUCUCGUUUUUAUCA